AAUGUCUAAUUAGACAUUUAUCACUCCUUAUAAAGUCUACCACAUCUUUAAACUUCAAUCCCAAACAAUUUGUCAGAAAAUAACUCUUCCUCCUCCACCAAACUAGCUUCUACAUAUAUAAACACCACACCAAUUUAUCUUGAGAGUUUUAAUCAACUUUCCAAACUAUGGCAGAAAUCAAACUCAUCUCAGAAUAUUUUGUAAAACCAAAACAUGAGGUUGAAGAUGCAAAACAACCUUACUAUUUAUCACCUAUUGAGAUAGGUAUGCUAUCAAUUGAUCCCAUACAAAAAGGUCUCCUUUAUUCCCUUAAUAACUCUACUUAUAAUGAUGUUAAUUAUGAUCGAACUAAAGUUAUAUCUCAUCUCUUAGAUAAGCUUAAACACUCACUUUCUUUAGCCCUCGUACAUUUCUACCCAUUAGCUGGUCGUUUCGCUACACAAAAAUACCUCGACGAGCACGCUUGUUCGAUCUUCGUCGAUUGUACCAAGGGCCCUGGUGCAAGGCUUAUGCAUGCUUCCGCCAUAGAUGUUACUAUAUCUGAUAUUAUGUCUUCCAUUGAUGUUGCAACAUGCGUACGAUCUUUCUUUGAGUUGGGUGAAAAAAUGGUUAAUCAUGAUGGUCAUACAAGGGCUUUGUUAUCGAUCCAAGUAACGGAACUAUUAGAUGGGGUGUUUAUAGGGUUUACUAUGAAUCAUAGUGUGUUAGAUGGUACAUCUUUUAUCCAUUUUGUUACCAUGUUAUGUGAAUUGUUUAGAUCUGAUGUGUGUUGUAGUGACACUACGACAAAUAUUUCACGUGUACCUAUUUUUAAUUGUAAGCCGUGGAUAAAUAAUGCUUCUGAUGAUAUGGUUCUUAAAUUGCCUCAUUUAGAGCCGGAGGAGUUUAUUGAAUAUGGGUAUGAACCCGGCCCUUUAAGGGAGCGGAUCUUUCGAUUCUCACCAACAUCGUUGGCAAAUCUCAAGGCUAAGGCUAACCAAGAAUGUGGAACACACAAUGUAAUAUCCUCAUUUCAAGCCUUAAGUGCUCUUGUGUGGAGGUCUAUCAUCCGAGCUCGAAACGUGUCAUUGGAUCAAUCCACAAGUUGCUCCAUGCUAAUUAAUGCCAGGAGUAGGUUCGACCCGCCAUUAUCGGAUGACUACUUUGGGAAUUUUAUUUCCUCAACAAAUUCGGUUUGUAGCGUGGGUGAGUUGUUGGGCCAUAGUUUGGGCUGGGCUGCAAUGCAUUUGCACAAAUCUAUUGCGGCCCAAGAUGUAAAAGCGAUUAUCAAUUUAUAUAAAGCAUUUUGUGAACCCCCAAGGGUACUAAAGCGUGGUGCGAUUUCGGAAUUUCAUGGGCCAAACAAUGUGGUUAUAGGAGGUUCGCCUAGGUUUGAUAUGUAUGGGCCUGAAUUUGGGUUGGGCCGUGCUUUGGCUGCUCGCAUGGGCUACCCAAAUAAGAGUGAUGGAAAGGUGACUGCAAACCCUGGAAGUGAAGGAGGAGGAGGAAGUGUAGAUUUGGAAAUUUGUUUAAGACCUCAUUUUAUGGGUGCCCUUGAAACUGAUUUGGAGUUCAUGAGUGUUGUAUCUUUGUGCUAAGAAACUAGAUUUAUGCUAUCAAUAUUUCCACGAGUCUACACUUGACAUCUCUUUUGAAUGUCAGAUGUCCCUAUAUUUUUUUU